UUCCAGCUCAAGAAACACAAGCUAUUGGUUGGCUAGGGAGGAUAAAUCUUUGUAGAAAUUCAAGUAACUUGAUUAACUCAAUGGCCUGCACAGGUAUCACUGGACGAAACAACAUCUUUUUAACGUUUGUCUUCAGUGGAAACUUUGGAGAUGAAAAUUGAUAUCCACAGUCAUAUUUUGCCUAAAGAAUUGCCUGACCUGAAAAAGAGAUAUGGCUACGAAGGAUGGGUGCAGCUCCAUCACAACAGCAAGGGAGAAGCCAAAAUGAUGAAAGAUGGAAAGGUCUUCCGAAUUAUCCAAGAAAACUGCUGGGAUCCAUUAGUUCGUAUUAGAGAAAUGGAUCAAACGGGAGUAACUGUCCAAGCCCUUUCUACAGUCCCUGUUAUGUUUAGCUACUGGGCCAAACCUCAUGAUACCUUAGACCUGUGCCAGAUUUUAAAUAAUGACUUAGCUGCAACUGUUGCAAAUUACCCAAAGAGGUUUGUUGGCUUAGGAACAUUGCCAAUGCAGGCUCCAGACCUGGCAGUGAAAGAGAUGCAUCGAUGUGUGAAGGAGCUGGGUUUUCCUGGGAUACAGAUUGGAUCCCACAUCAAUGAGUGGGACCUGAACUCUAAGGAGCUCUUCCCUGUCUAUGCGGCUGCAGAACAGCUGAACUGCUCCUUGUUUGUACACCCGUGGGACAUGCAGAUGGAUGGACGGAUGGCCAAGUACUGGCUUCCCUGGCUAGUUGGCAUGCCAGCAGAAACCACCACAGCCAUUUGCUCCAUGAUUAUGGGAGGAGUCUUUAAGAAGUUUCCUAAACUUAAAGUGUGCUUCGCCCAUGGAGGUGGUUCAUUUCCAUUCACAGUGGGGAGAAUAUCUCAUGGAUUCAAUGUGCGCCCUGAUCUGUGUGCCCAAGACAACCCAACUGACCCAAGGAAAUACCUUGGUUCUUUUUAUACAGACUCCCUGGUUCACGAUCCUCUGGCCCUGAAGCUGCUGACAGAUGUUGUAGGAAAGGAUAAAGUCCUUUUGGGGACUGAUUAUCCUUUUCCCCUGGGCGAUCUAGAAGCUGGAAAACUGAUAGAAUCUAUAGAAGAAUUUGAUGAUGAAACUAAGGAUAAACUCAAAGCUGGCAAUGCUUUGGCAUUUUUAGGUCUCGAGAAAAGACAAUUCGAAUGAUUGAAUUUACUACUGAAGCAAAACUUCAAGAGGACAUCCUAUUUUUCCCUGCUUCUAUAUGUGUCAGGUCUAUCUUGCUAUAAAUUCUAUCAUGGACUCUAUUUCCAGAAAUAGGACAUUCUAAAACAUCAAAUUAUUCAUGACUAAAAUUAUUCACCACUUUCUUCAUUUUUCUAUGAAGCAUUUCAUACAAGAAAUGAAAUUAGUCUGAGAAAUUAGAACAAUGUACCUGUUCUUCUCAAGCCAUUUUAAUCCUAUGUGGCAGAAUAGUUAAAUGUCUGAGGAAAGAUUCAAAACAAUAUGUAGCCUGCCAGGUGACCCUCUUUUCAGUUAUAUCUAUGUUUAUAAUAUUAUUGGGUAUUGGUAUAUUCAAACCGAGAUAUCACAAGCUUCUAUCAAUGUGUUUUUACCAAGUUUGAUGACUGAAUUGAAAGCAAAGUCAUUUGACAAAACAGAAUAAUGAGAAAAUAACAGGGAACCAAGUUAGGGAUAAAAUGUUCUUGGCACCCAUUCCCAAAUAGCUGCUGUUUCCCUGCAUCUCACACUCAUCUCAGCUCCUAAUUUACUACUCUUAUCUCCCCAACAGAGCAGUAGGAGGAACACAUCAAUCACUCACAGACAGUGUUAAGGGAAUUCAAUGAGGGAGAAGAGGGGAUGAAAGAUAUCAGAACACAGAUAUCAUUUUCUUCUUUUCUCUUUUGGUUAACCUCCAUAAUCAUCCAACCCUGUAUCUCUCUUUGCAACACUUCCCCACAUGUUUCUCAAAACCUACCACUCUGUGACCUUAUAUAUAUUCUUGGGGACCUAGCUCCAGGAAAAACAUGGAAUUCAUAUUUGGGCAUGCCCCUGUAUACAUAUUCCUGUUUUAAAAGAUUAUGAUUAGUCUCGAUUUUGAAGAACAAAAUGUUAAAAAGGCCCCAAAUUUUCUGUCCCCAAUCUAUGUAUAUUUACUGAACAGUGUUUAGUAUUGCCAGGGAUUUUUUUUAAUACUUUUGCCAUCAAGAAUAUUACAAUCUAGUUGGGGAAAUAGGACUAGCACUUAUGAAACUGUAAGGGAAACAGUUCCAUCAUACCACACACACACACACACACAACACACACACACAUACACACUCACUUCAAUUAACAAAAUGCUCUAUACUCUUAUCAGUCUGACUGAGUUAUAGAAUUAAUCAGUAAAUCAGGGGAUAUGGUGUGUAAACAAGAUUGUUGACAAUCGUUCAUAUCUCAGAGUGUACCCUGACAGAGAGUUACCUGUGGAAGGAAGCAGCUUCAAGGAGCACCACUCUUUGCAGCAGAGAAGAAUGCCAGCUUCUAGUGCACUGGAUAGAAUGCUGAACAUUUAGUCAGGAAUACCCAAGUUCAAAUCCAACUUCAAACACUUAUUAGCUGUGUGACUAUGGACAAGUUCCUUUAACCUCUAACAGCCUGUUUUCUCAUCUGUAAAAUGGAAAUAGUAAGGGCAUACACCUCUUGGGGUUGUUAUGAAAGUAAAAUGAUAUGUUAUUUGCGUUUUGCAAAUUUGCAAACCUUAAAGAACUAUAUAAAUGCUAACUAUUAUUAUCAUUAUCAUUAGCUACAGCCUAAACUACAGUACUUCCUAAACUGUGGGUGGAGACCCCAUAUGGGGUCACAAAAAAUUUGGCAACAGUAAAAGGUUUCUAGGUGUUUCUGGCAGCACGCUUGCCCAUGUUGCAUCAAAACUGCACUGCAGCCUUGGUUGGGGGAACCAAGCAUGGGCAAUUUUCACUGCAUAUGCCCUCAGGCCAUGCAACACCAACAAACACUGCCAAAAUGAAAAGGGGUCUCGAAUGGAAAAAAGUUUUCCAUUUCCAAGUUGCUCCUUUCCUAGACAUAUAUCCUAUUUAUAUGUCACACUAUCACUGUACUCUAAAUUUAAACCCACUCUCCCUCUGACCUUAUAUGCAUAGGAGGAGAAUAAGUAAUCAGCCACCCUCUGAGGACCUGGCUCACCCAUGUAAGCAAGAGCUGAAGGAAGUAGGCCUUGAAGGGAUGUUACACUGUAAGGUGUCUGGGAUAAUUUAGGAGGCCUUUGCAUUUUCACGGAUCUACUGAAGAGGCUCUCCAUCCAGUACUCUUGUGAUAGGAUAUCCUAGUUUUGCAGGGAUCUACUAAAGAAAAAUUCGAAUUUUUCUUUCAUUUGUUUUAGGUUAUAACUGGACAAUAUGCUUCCUUUAGAAGUCAAUCCAGUCUCUUCAAGGUAGUUUUUCUGUAUUUAAAUGCUUGAAUACUAACAUCUGCUAUAAUACAGAGUCCUUAUUCAAAUGA